AUGGCGUCCGUCGAUCACCCACCCUUAAUCCUCGUCUCCCAUCUCCCCUCAGCCGCCUCGUUCUACAGCGCCCUGACUCAACCUCUCGGCCUGCAAUUUCUGUCCGCAACCUCCACCAUCCCUGCCUGUCUACACUUUGGAUACCUCCUCUCGACCUCUUCCGGGCCCAGAAAGAUUACCGUCUUCACCGUCUCGCAGUCCGCUCACCCCCGCCUCUCACACAUUACCCUAUCGGCUCCCACCGCCAAAGCAGUGUUCGACUUUCACGGCAGGAGCCAGCUUUAUCGCGGCGCUACCAGGGGUAACAGUACAUUUGAGCAGAAUGGAAUAGAAGAGCGGGCCCUGACGAGGGAUUUUGACGGGAACGUCAUUGAAGCCGUUUAUGGCUCUAGCGCGCUCGUCCGCUCUGCUGGAAUGACACCCGGCUUGAAUAAAGAGUGCAAGCGAGUCCUGAAAUGGCAGCAAGACGUUGCUCGUAGUAUCUCCGGCUCCGAAGUCGGCGGUGGAGGGGUAGCGCAUCGGGCAGGGGCACCCGUGUUUAGGAGAGCCGAGACAUGCCCGACCGGCUUCGGGUGCGAGCACCCAACGAGGAUCGUCGUGCGGGAGACCGUUACCGAGCACUUCGCCAAUGCUGGCGGGCUUGAAGUUCUUGCUCCGCCUGAGCCGAAGUCCGGUGGUAUAAGCUCCAAGACUGUUCUAGGCACUCUCCUCGGCGCAGCAGCCGGCGCCGCCUUUGCCUAUGCCAUGACGAGAUCUGAGUCGCCCCCAAAACCUACGGGCAGGCGGGCGAGCGAGCCGCAGUAUACGCACGAGCCUAUUGUGAUGGAGGAUCGGGAGUGUGUCGUCGAGGCUGGGACGAUCCCAGCCCGCAGCCACGUUUCUGAGCGCGACAAGGAAACGGACAUCAGGCCGCGCUAUGUGCAGUACGCGAUCGCUGCCCCUCCUGGUCCUCCUGCCCUUUCUCGCGUGCAGGAGUUGGCGGAUAUCGAAGAGGGGAGUUGUGUCAGCACAAGCUCGCAUCGCUCGAGCCGCAGCAAGAAAGACAGGGAGACGACGUAUGAGCGUCCUUUGGCUAUCCUGCCCGCGCCUAGUAGGGACCGAAGUCCUGCUGCCGAUGUUGAUCCAGAUGCGGAUGCGGAUGCGGAUGUCGAUACGAAGAGCCACGUGAGCCGCCGCGAGAAGAGCCCCGAUGCCGAUACCAAAAGCCAUGUCAGCCACCGCUCGCACCGCAGUCAUCGAAGCCGCAGGUCCAAAUCAGGCACUGGUUCCGAGCGAGGACGGAGGCGUGAAGAGCGGGAGGCAGAGAAGGAGAAAGAGAAAGACAAGGAGAAGGAGAGCGAGUACAUGUCCGCGCGCUCGCACUACACGGCCAGCACCAUCAAGCCCUUCAAGGCCUCCUCGAACGCCAACACUCUGCCUGCGGCCCCGCAGCCGCCUCCCGCUACAUCCGCGUCUCGCGUCUCGACCUCCAGCCGCAGCAGCAAGCACCACCACCACGACAACAGCCACAAAGACGGCUCUCGCGUUUCCGCCUCUGGGCGCCGCAGCUCCGUUUCGACGGCACGCCCAGCUCCGCUGCCGCGGAGUAUGGUCAGCGGACUCGGCCGAGAUGCCUUUGGCGAUAGCAACAGCAAUAGUGACGAUGAAGGUGCGAGUGGGCUGUUCGGGAAGGGCAGUAGGUACGCGGCGAGCGUGGCGCCGAGUGAUAGCGUGAGUAGUGUGGGGACUAAGCGGGAGAGGGAGAGGCUGGCUGAGCGGAUGGUGUUUCGAGAACGGGCGAGGGGGGUGCUUUGGGGCCAUUCUUGA